AGCCAGCGGAGGGAGUGGGAAUGAGCGAAAGGUAGAAAGUUUUGUUGUAGGUUUUUGUGUUGUGUUUAGUACAACUAGUAGUUUUUGGGAAGGCCACGUGAAGCAUGGAUAGUGAUUUGAAAACUGAAGGAAUCCGUAUACAGAUCAGAGAAAAAUUAAACGAAGAGCGCGUAAAAUUGUGGCAAUCUCCGUAUUGUACGGAAGAUGGUGUAACGUGUGAAGAGGAAAUGCAGAUACUGGUAAAAAACUACAGUUCAUCAUUGGGAAUUUCAGCAGACAGUUGUUUGGCAUCUCUGCUGGAAUUGCAGCGGCAUGCUUUGGAUCGUCUUCGUGAGCGGGAUCGUUUCAGGGAAACGGGCUUGGCCACUAUCAGAGUUAGGGUUACUGAUAAGAAUCACAGUAGGAGAAUAAUUUCACUUGAAACAAAACUCUCUGCUACAGUUCAAGAAGUGCAGGAAGAAGUUGCUUCUCAAGUAGGAGUGGGCUUUGACAGGAUAAAACUGAUUUUGAGUGGCAAAGUGCUGAAGAUGAACACAGAACUUCAUACACAUGGUAUCCAGAAUGGAACACACAUCAUGGCUGUAAUACUUCAUAGUAACCCAAAAGAACUUCAGGCAGUGGAGUCCAGACACAGACGGAUGGAGGCGACACUGGCAGAUGCCAAGUUGCUGGCCAGUAAAAGUAAUGUCAAUAAUGAUUAUUAUCUUCAGGUUGCGGACCAGUCUGGAAAGACUCUGAAUCUACCUCAAGAGGAACGGGAAGCUUUGGUGAUCGCAAUGUCUCUUCAUGAAACAGGAAGGCUGGCAUUGAAAAAGGAAGACUAUGCUUUGGCCCUUGUGCUUCUGCUCGAAGCUGACAAAGAAUUCAGCCGCUGCAAAUCUGAUCUACUCCAGUCAGUGGAUAACUAUGCGCUAUUGAACUUGGAUAUUGCAUGGUGUUACUUGUGCUUACGUAGUGUGUCGGACAUCCCUGAUGCAGAACAGAGAUUACGUAAAUGUGAAAUGAACUUUCAUCAGAGUUAUGGACCUAACUUGGAGAGACUUUUAGCACUAAAAGGAACUACAGGUAAUGAGGCUGCAUUGUUCAUGAGACUGCACCUGCUGCAAGCGGUUGUCCUGUUCCACCAGAAUAAACGACAGGAAGCAUCAACGUUGCUGGCGAGAGCAGACUCUGAGCUUUCUUCUCUCAAGGUGGAUGAUUACAGCCUGAGUACUCUUAUGGAGCUGGGGUACACAGCAGCAGAGGCCCGUUUUGGUCUUCGAGCAGCACACGGUAAUUUAUCAGCAGCUGUUUUGUACAUCACAAAACAGCGAGAAGAUAAGGUUAAAGCCAAGAAGGAGGAGGAGGCUGAGACACAACUAAACAGGGAACGUAGAAAGUUGGGUCGAUGUGCAGAUGGGUUUCAGUGGGUGGAACCCAAGUUGCAUAAGUUGCUGAUAUCUAUGGGAUUUUCAAGCGAGGCAGCACGUUUGGCUCUUCAGCAGAGCAACAACAAUGUGUCACAUAGUGUACAGCUGAUCCAGGAGCAGCCCAGUCUGUUGAAUAUGGCAUCUACAUCAAAGUUCAGAGUCAAGAAAGAGGUGUUGCAGCAGGUUGUGGCUGUUGGGUUUGACCCCCGCAUGGCAAAAAUAGCUUUGCAGCAUCAUGGGGGUGAUGUGGAAAAGGCAGUGGAUGAAUUGGUAAUGUGCGGUGGUAUUAUUGAUGGUGAACACUGCACUGAUGAUUCAGAUGAUUCAGAAGAACAAGAGCAAGACGAUACGAAGAACAAGGCAGAUGCAGAAAUGCAAGCUAGUACAAAGAAGGAAGCUCAAGAGAAGGAACGACUAGCAUAUCAACGUUUGGCUGAGGGUUUGCCAAAUGAGGAAGAUGAUCAUUUGGACCUGACUCUAGAAUUAGAAGAAACAUUUUUAAGGGAGUAUCAGGCUCUCUUAACAAAUCCUUGAGACAGGUCUCUUUAAAUGAAACAAUGGCAUUGUUAGUCUGCAAAAUCCUACCUAGAGAACAUUAUUGAGUGAAUUAUUACCUCUUGAUUACAGCCAAGACAUGUCCUUUUAAUUUAAGUCUUGGAAAACACCAAACUGUUGAUGACUAAUAAUGUACCCAGAAAGAUGUAUUUUAAUAUUCUUUUUGAUACCCUGUCUGGUCAUACCUCUUAUUGUGUAUAUCAUGUGGCUCUUAACCGCGAUGGAGUUUAAGUGUGAACAAGGUACCAAUAAUUGUUAUAUGUUGACACUUUCUUAGAAAUAAAGUGAUAAACUCUUA